AUGAUGAUGAACAAGAAGCCAAACCUACAUGGUAUAAAGAAGUUUGGAUCUCUCGCUUAUGUCCAUCAAUCGAACAACCCAUCUCGGAAGAAACUAGAUGAUAACUGCAGAAUUGGUUUUCUUUUGGGGUACCUGGAAGGACAAGCCGGAUUUAAAGCUUAUUUUCCAGCAGAUCAAGUGGUUCAACACGUUUUGGAUGCUUCGGUCAAUGAGGAUAUAGUAUACGGUGACCGAUAUCACGAAGGAUAUGCUGUCGCCGUAUCAGAUUGGUUGUCACGUACAAGUACGGAUGAUGAAAAUGGAGCGAGUAUGGAAGUCGACAGCAAUGACGAAAGUAUUGCGUCAGAUGAAGACAGCAUGGAAGUCGACAGCAAUGGCGACAGUAUUGAUUCGGAUGAUGACAGUAUCGCGUCGGAUUGUGAAUCGAUCCCGAUUGACUAUGAGAGCGAGUCAUCAGCAAUCGAGUCAUCACCAAAGUUUAAAUUAGUUGAUGUGAAUUCAGUGGAGACCAACAUUGAUAUUCCUGUAAUUCGGGAUACACUCGAUCUGAGUAAUCAGAGCCCUAUGUGUGCCAAUGCCAGUGAUGAUGCAAUCCAGAAACAUAAUACAAGCAAGCCCUCUAGCUUGGAAAGUGAAACGACCCACGAUACCGAAACAGAUGUUGACAGACAAUCAGCUGCCGAAAAUUGCGACAAGGUGAGUUGUGACUAUCGGUCAGAGACAUCCGACACUAGUAAUAGCGAGGAUGAGGAUGAAAAUGUACAUAAAGAUACGGAACUACCUACCACAUCCAAGGAUACAGUACAUUCACGCGAGGGUGCGACGACGAGUGAGUCCAGCAAUGACCUGAUGGAUGUAGAGGAUCACGAAUUACGUCAGUGA